AUGACCUCCGACAGGCCUGACGCUGCUCAGGAACUCGAGUAUCCACCGAUUCGGGUCAACCGGUCUCUGGCCCAGCUCGAUCUCAACACUCUAAUCAUGCGUUCGAACCCACAACACCCUUCCCAAGAGGCGACUUCCCUCGAGGACAGCGCGUACGAGGUGCUGGACCGCGCCGGCUACCUUUCCGACGACGAUGGUCACACUGCCUCGGUCGCCUCUACGUCCCCCGAUGACAUGUCUGUUACUCUCUCCGAGACAGAGAGUGAGGGCGAGGACGACUUUGCAGACUAUCAUGCUGGCGAGGCUUCUCGGCUUGCCGAAUCCUCCGCAGCUGACCCUCUCGACACCGAGGUGAUAGCUGCCGGCGAAGAUAGCACCCUCACUGAGCGGCCUGGCCUAGGCGACAGUGAUAGCGGGUUCCACUUUACAUUGCAUGAGCACCCUAUUGAAGGCCACGCCGCGACUGAGGGCUACAGCGUGGUGAAAGAGUUCACUCCGGAGCAGAGCACCUCCAAAGUGUUGGAACCAUACGGCUGCUCCGAGAUCCGUCUGUCUGUGGCGCUCGGUCUUGCAGAUCGCUUCUAUCCUGAACGAGGAUCCUUCAGGGUCUUGUUCGUAGGUCGACUGGACGCUUGGAGCGAAGAGGGGAUCAAGACUAGUCUACUCAACGCGCUCCUUGCCUCGCCUGGUUCCUCUAAAUCCAUCAUGGUGCGCGGCCAGGUGGAGCCAUAUAGCCCAAUUCUACACGCAACUCACUGCACAGGUGUUGAGGUACAGCCCAAGAUAGGUACUCCGAAGUGUACCAUCUUCAAGCUCGACGGCAAUGGUGGAGCGGAGCUCGUAAUCAACCACGGCCGCAAACAGGACACCUGGCCUGACUUGGCUAUCUUUUGCUAUCCUCAGUCGAGCUCCGUCCGUCUAGCUGAACCAGAUUACCUUGAAGCUCGCCUCGCGUGUAGAACGAGCGGCAUUCCAAUUCUCGAUGUCACUGACCACCGGCGAUUCAAUGAGGAACAGCCAGGAUUCAAGAGUCACCACGACCCCAUGAGAUUGCGAGUGUGUGUGGAGGGCAAGCAUGACUCCGAAUUCAGACAGGUCGAUUGGCUGCCUGUAGAUGUAUACACGUUCAUGCACCUGGAGCCCUCGGAUCUUAACCGUCAUCUCGCCGCUAUCAGCCCUUGCGCGCGAUCUCCGCGACCAUCUAGCCAUUACUGCAGUUCCGACGCAUGGAAUCUCACCGGCGUGGUCCCAAGCUUUAUUCAACAGGGAUUCAAAUCUCUAUUAUCUAUUGAUGACCCCUUGAAGGUGGCUUUGAAGACGGGCUUGGUCAUGUUUGCUUUGAUCGGAUGGGUCUUUUUUGCUUACCGCGGUGCAUCAUUCCUGCAGCUCAAAUACGGUGGGACAACACCAGCAGUCGUACAACCGCUCACAAAUUCCCUGAGCCACACGCCUAUUUCCGCCGCCCUCGCCACCACGCCACAAGUAGUCGCAUCGACGACUUCGACUCCUUCAGUCAAGGAUAAGAUCGACGAGUUCUUCGCAAAACAACGCCAAACAGCUCAGCUUGAAACAGUGAAGGCGGUUGAAGACUUGCGGAAGCUAGCGGAACAGGAGCACCUGAAAGCAGCUGCGAAGUUGCGCGAGAAGCUCGAGAAAAAGAAGGCCGAGAUGCGCCGACGUGAGGAAACGGCGAAGACUGCGAAGAUUGGCGGCUUCCAAAUUUAUACCAGCGGUGAUCAGCGAUUUAUUCUUCGCCCUUCCAGAGGCUUCACGGGGCGGUCACGGAAACCUCAGCUGCAGAUACAGGUCUCAAGGGAUUCUAAGAACGUGCCUAUCAGGUACGAGCGCACGAUAGACGGCGUCUACGUAGUGGAUCUAGAACAACGGUAUCCGGUCGGUUCCUUCAACGUCAGCAUAGUAACUCACUCCAAACCGCUGCUGCAACAGUCCUUCAAUAUCAAGAUGGGCCGCAGCAAGUCUCGCGUGGAACAGUGGUUGAGCGAUCUCCAGCGUGAACGUGCCACGGUUCAGCACGUAUUUCACGACGUUUCAUCGAACAUUUUGCAGCAACUCCACACUGUCUCCGCUCGCAUAGCGGACGAAACUCAAGCGUGGAAAGACAAGGUGUGGCGCUCAGAGCGCGAACUGGUGGACCGAGUACGAGAGGCCAGUAGAGAAGUCGAUCGUCAUCUAACUAAGGCUCGCGAUGAAGCAUGGACAAGCCUCCGCCAGGCUACAGCUCCAGUGCGGACAUCUCGUCGUACACUGUGGGCGAGGAACAACGCCUACGUCUGGCGAUGUGGAUUUGAGCGAGCGGUCGGUCUGUCAAGCAGGGACAAAGACGGGAAGAAGACGCGGUCUUGCCAGUCAGCCAACUGGUGA